AUGUUCACCGGUAUUGUUGAGCUUAUAGGUACUGUUCAUGAAUACAAGGAAUACGACGCCUCUCAUAGUGGAGGCGGUGGUGUGUCUGUAACUAUAACGGAUGCUGCACCAAUUUUGGUCGACUGUCAUAUUGGCGACUCCAUUGCAAUCAACGGAAUAUGUUUAACGGUUACAGAAUACUCUACGGACAGCUUCAAGGUCGGGAUAUCUCCAGAAACUAUUAAGAGAACGAAUGUUGCUUCGUGGCAGGCGGGUUCAAAAGUCAAUCUGGAGAGAGCUGUGGGACAAGACGUUAGAUUUGGUGGCCACUACGUCCAAGGGCACGUCGAUGGGGUUGCCAAGAUUGUGAGUCGUGAGGCCGAGGGAAAUUCCAUUGUUUUCGGGUUCAAGUUGCACGACAAAGAGUUUGAAAAGUACAUUGUGGAAAAGGGCUUCAUAUGUAUCGACGGCACCUCAUUGACAAUCACCAAAAUCGAUCCAAACGGUGCCUUUUACAUUGCUAUGAUCAAGCACACUCAAGAAAAAGUCAUAAUGCCCUUGAAAUCUGUCGCUGACGAAGUGAAUAUCGAGGUUGAUCUAACGGGCAAAGUUAUCGAGAAACAGGUUAUUUUGCAACUACAGGACCAAAUCGACAACGAACAUUCGCCGCUGGCCAAAUUGCUCGCGAAGCUUAUCGACCAGAAAUUGACAGAUUUGGUUAAAGAGAAAUGA